ACCUAAAAGAAAGCAUCAAGGCUUCCAGAGGAUCAACAAACAGAGAUACAAGUAAAUUACUAGGAACUUCCCCUGUUUGUGAUGUUGCAUAUUCUCCCCACAUCUCCAGCUCUCUCAGAUGUUCAUAGAAAGGGUUCUGGACAUACGCCUUCAGAUAGGAGGGGGAGAGUGUCUCAUCCUCUUCAUACCUUUCUGUAGUCUGCACCAGGGAGAUGAGAAACAGUGCAGCAUGCAAAAGCAGGUCCCAACAGAGGGGAAAGCAGGGGACAUUCAGGGGGGAAUAAUGAAAGAAAAGAUGUCCUGGAGGCUCUGGCUUGAGAUGCUAAACAUCCCGAACUUAGACCUCAGUCUCUGAACCGACAUCAAUCCUAAGGAAGAUUAAGGUCUUGGGAUGGGCAAAGUGCUUAGCUGUGCAUUCUAAGCUGUGCCACUAGGUCCGUUUCUCUUUCUGCAGUGGAAGAAUGCACGGCUUCUCCUAUGAGAACCAUAGCUCUGUGUCAGAGUUCAUCCUUCUGGGGUUCUCCAGGAAUUUCCAAAUUAAUAUAAUCCUCUUCAACGUCUUCUUCUUCCUCUACCUCUCUACACUUGUGGGCAAUGGGCUCAUUGUCACCUUGAUCCACCUGGACUCCCGUCUCCAUACACCCAUGUACUUCUUCCUCAGUGUCCUUUCCCUGCUGGAUAUGAGCUAUGUCACCACCACAGUGCCCCAGAUGUUGGUGCAUCUUGUCUGCCAGAAGAAAACUAUCUCCUAUUCUGGGUGUGUGGCCCAGAUGUACACCUUUCUGGUAUUAGGCAUCACUGAGGGCUGGUUGUUCUCUGUCAUGGCCUAUGAUAGAUAUGUAGCCAUUUGCCACCCACUCAGAUAUAAGGUUAUCAUGAGGCCUUGGCUGUGUGGUGCAAUGGUAGUCUUCUGUGGACUAUGGGGUGUCAGCUGUUCUCUGAUCUACACUGUCUUCACUAUGAGGCUGCCCUACUGUGGCCCCAAUGAGAUCAAUCACUUCUUCUGUGAGGUCCCUGCUGUUCUGAAGCUUGCCUGUGCAGACACAUCCCUCAAUGACCGGAUAGACUUUAUCCUAGGUUUUAUCCUUCUCCUGAUUCCUCUUUCCUUCAUCCUGGCCUCUUAUGUCUGCAUCUUUGCCACCAUUCUGAGAAUCCGCUCAGCCCAAGGUCGACUGAAGGCCUUUUCCACCUGUGCCUCUCAUAUCACCGUGGUCACCAUGUUCUGUGGACCUGCCAUGUUUAUGUACAUGAACCCUGGGGCCAAUGCUUCCCCAGAGAGGGACAAGAAACUGGCUCUGUUCUACAAUGUCAUCUCUGCCUUCCUCAACCCUAUAAUCUACAGCCUCAGAAACAAAGAUGUGAAGAGGGCUUUCCUCAAAGUAACAGGCUGGGGAGGAGCCACUGAGUGA